UGGCCAGUCGUAGAGCAGGAUUUGCGGUAUCAGCUUUGUAAAAAUGAGUUUUCUGCCAUCGGAUUGGCCUGGGGAUAUGAUUUCAUGGGCCCGAGUUUCUCCAGUUUCAGGGUUUCAAAUCUGACCAUUUGACCGCCAGAAGAAUCUAUACUUGAGUUUUUCAACAAAAAACAAAAUGUCCUGGUAGCCUUGGAGUCCUGGUGAAGGUAAGAGCACUCAGGCACCUGCCCCUAUUUCAGUGACGCAGUCACUGGGGCAUGAGUCUCCAAAACAAGCCAGUUUCUACUGCAAACAUGCUGCAAAGCAUCAGCUCCUGCUUCACCUGCUUCAACACCUGCUGUUGUCAAACAUCAAACAUACGCAGUGUAUUCUGGGUAUUGACCCUCAGGAGAGGUUUCGUUAUAACUACGCUACUCCAAGGAUGUGGUGGUGGAGGGGGCGUGGUCUUGGAAGAGGAGGCGGAGCUUAAACUAAUUUUGAUUCAGCUGUGAUGUAAGCGCGAGAGUGCCUUCGGUAUCUUGUCGUCCAUCUCCCUGUCGAGCCGGCGGUGGGAGGACAUGUUCGUUAGGGUCUGAGGGAGCGACAGGGUACACUAGCAGCACUGGAAGGUUCUAGACAGGAUUUCAAAAGGGUGCAGACUUGACUACAAGGAGGCUAAAGGAGGGAGUGAAGGGUCUAUUUCAGGAAGAGAUACCCGAUCCCCUGAGGUCAGCCGGUUAGCGAUGUCUCUACGUCCACGUGCAGCAUCGCAGCCUGGGAGGCCAACGCCUGUGCAGAGUCCCGGGCUGAGCCACUUGCAGCGUCGCCGGGCCUCGUCGAGCCGGACCGCGGCCCGCCUGGAGGAGGAGCUGACGUGCCCGGUGUGCUGCGAAAUCUUCCGUGAACCCGUGGUGCUCAAGUGCAGCCACAGUUUCUGCCGCUCCUGCCUGCGGCACUUCUGGCAGCGUAACCCGGGAGGGCGCGAGUGCCCCGUUUGCCGGCGCAAAUGCUCGCUGACGGAGCCUCCCGUCAGCCUGGCGCUUAAGAACGUGGCUGAGAGUUUCGUGCAGCAGCAGGGCUCCAGCCCGGAAUCCGGGGCGGGGGGCACCGCUGCCCCCGUCGAGCCCAAGGUGCAGUGCGGCCUGCACGGGGAGCCGGUGAAGCUCUUCUGCCAGGAUGACGAAGAGGUGCUCUGCUUUGUCUGCCAGACGUCCCGGAGGCACGCAGGACACCGGGUGUGUCCGCUGGACGAGGCCGCGCCCGACCUCAAGGCGGAACUGAAGCAAGACUUGGGACCUCUGAAGAAAAGCCUGAGGCACCUUUACGAAGCGAAGCAAGAAUGCGACGACUCGGCCGUGCACAUCAAGAACCAGAUGCAGUGGGCCGAGCAGCAGAUCAAAGACGAGUUUGAGCAGCUUUACCAGUUCCUGCGGACCGAAGAGGCUGGCCGACUGGCAGCCCUCAGGGAGGAGCACGACAGGAAGUGCCAGCUGGUGAAGAGGAAGACGGACGGCCUGACGCGGGACAUUCUCUCGCUCUCUCACACCAUCAUCGCCAUCGACAACGAGGUCGCCGCCAGUGACAGCCUGUUUCUCCAGAAUUACAAGAACACCAAAAAAAGAACCCAAUGCACCAUACAGGAACCAGGGAAGAUUCCAGGCGCCCUGAUCAAUGUGGCUCAACACCUGGGCAACCUGAAGUAUAGGGUUUGGGAGAAGAUGUUGGGGAUUGUUAAGUACACCCCAGUGAUGCUGGACCCCAACACCGCCUACGCCUGGCUUUCCCUGUCUAGUGACCUGACGAGCGUGACCAACAGCGGGGCCGUCCAGGAGGUGCCCGACAACCCUGAGCGUUUCGACCACCUGGUCUUCGUCCUAGGCGCGGAGGGCUUCUUGUCGGGCCGACACGUCUGGGAGGUGGAGGUGGGAAACAAGGAGGACUGGGUCCUCGGCGUGGUCAAAGAAUCUGUCAACAGGAAAGGGAAGAUGUCGGGCAGACCUGAGGACGGCUUCUGGACCAUCUCGCACUGCGAGGGGGAGUUUACUGCCAUGACCACGCCCCGCACCCCCCUCAAACUGAACGGCCCCUUGGAGAGGGUCAGUGUACAGCUGGACUACAACUCUGGCCUGGUGUCCUUCUCCAACCCACUGACCAUGACGGCUAUAUACACCUUUAAGGACCACUUCACAGAGAGGAUGUUCCCGUUCUUCUGUCCUGGUGCAAACAUCAAUGGCAACAACUCCAAGCCGUUGAGUGUCUCUCCGGUGAAAGUGGCAGUGUGGAACAGUGCCACCUGGUGACCUGUAAGGGUUUCUACCAGAAUGGUUUGAGAAGAGUAAUGGGAAAUGUGAUCCUCAAUGCAGCAGUGGGUGGGAUUAGCCUAUGCUGUCAGUCACUUCCUGGUUUCACCUAGUGGGAAACAGUCAGAUAAGGAAUGGGUGCUAUGUUGACUGGUUGAUUGACAGUGCACUGUAAUCCCGCCCACAAUAUCUUCCAUUUUCCUCACUAGGUUUGAUGGCUUCUAAGUUAGGCCCGCACAACCCGCACAACCAUCGCCUAUUUACAUGUGUUUUUACAUAUUUAAGCUUCAAAAGGAGCAAAAAUGCCAAAGCUGACUGUUCUGCAGUCUAAGGUGAUCGUUUCAGUCUGAAGGUGGCAUUUUGAUUAACGUUAAAUCUGAGUGCGUCUUUAAAUGGGCGAAAUACCGAUUAUUGCUGAAUUAAAGGUAUUCGCAAUGUUAGCAUAUGUCAAGUGACAUAAUAUUUGCUGAAUGAAUGAGAGUUUUAUAGUAGUACAGUAUACAUUAUCCAGCACGUGUUGCUAGCCUGACAUAUCUCCUUUUUUCUGUGUGCCGAUGUCUGGUUUUGUGAGGAUUAUUUUACCACAAGAUUAAAAGUUUUGAGGCUCGUUUAAAAGAAUCUCUUACAGAACGUACUAAAAACAGCUUUUUUGAAAUUGCCUAGUUAUACUCAUGGGUACUUGUUGGGGGAAAAUGCCAAGAUUUUAAGCUUGUCUUAUAGGGUUUCUGAGAAUCCUUUGCACAUAUUUACACAAUUAAUUCAAAGUUCAGCCUUUGAUCAGCACUGAAUGUAGCUGUAAUAAUGAUUGUCUUUUUCUCUGCGCUCCCUCACAGCCUCUGGCAAGACGCUUAAUGAACAAGCAUCUUUACAAGCCAGACUCAUGGCUAAUGAACCAGGAGCCCGUUCAGCGUAAACAGACCCCGGCCGUGCAGCUGAGCCAAAGUACAAAAGCAUGAAACGUGUGAUUUCCUUUGUAUAUUGCCUGAUCUUAGCCUGGGAGCCCUCAAGCCUGACGGCUUGACCUCUGUGGACCAGUAGUUGUUUGUUUUGUUGUUGUUGUUCAUAGAAAGAGGAGAGAAAAAGCAGACAGACGAGUGAGAAGACAGUGCGGAUAUCAGGCCGACGCGCGAGAAGGUUUUUGUCGCAGGCGGUCUGUGGAGAGGGCUUCACAGACACAAACAUUAGUACAUUUACCCCUUUUUACACUAACAAAAAGAGUAUUUUACUAAUAAAAUGGUGAAACUACACAUGGUUACAAUUGGGACUAUAUGUAAAUAUAUGCAGAUAUUGUGAUUAUUUUAUUACCGUAUUGGACUUAGGAAUUUCAAUCACCACCGGUGCAUUUAUAAAGAAAUGGAAGGGGCGCCCUUUGAUCCGAAUAAAUGACGUGCUAGUAAAGAAA